UGGCAGGAACUGUACUACACAGGAAUUAGCUUAUGAGGAGAACAGUAUUACAUGUAAUGUUUAGAAGAGGAAGCUUGUCUGCCUUUGAUGAAACGCGUGUUUAUAGACUUAUUAAAACAUACUUCGCAUUUGAACAAUACUGAUUGUCGACUAUUAUUACAAAAAGUGUCUGGAAAGAUGUGUAGCUAAUGUUAGCUGAAACGUGCUAACUUGGCUAACAAGUAAACACGCUGCUUCACGCUGGCGUCGCACACAAACACGCAAGUGAAUGAAAGACAACGUGGCGUAAGGGUGCUGUGAGUUACCUACAGUAGGGCUGAAAGCUGUAGGGAUGAAGAAAUGGCGAGAAGGGCAGAGACCGCACAGGCGACGAGGUGGCUCCCAGCGCCACGGAUGGUACAGAGGCAACCGGCAGAGGUCAACACAAGAUGAACAGUGGUAUGGGAAUAAUGAUGCAGGGCCAUCAUUUAGAGCAUCUCAGAGAAGAGAUGAAAGCCAGACUGCCUCUUCUUCCUCUUCCUCUUCCUCUUCAUCCUCAUCAUCAUCCUCAUCCUCAUCUUCCUCUAAGACCAGCAGUGCUGCACCAGAUCUGCCAGGUUUCUACUUUGAUCCGGAGAAAAAUCGUUACUUCCGCCUUCUUCCGGGACACAACAACUGCAACCCUCUGACCAGAGAGCAGCUGCAGGAGAAAGAAAGGGAGAAACAGAGGAACAAGAUGCUCAUAGAGGAUGACAAGCCCAGAAAAAAAGCACCAAGAGCCGGACUGAACACCUCACUGCUGCUACAGAAAAGACAUCUUGGCAUGUUACCUCAGAACUCCUAUUGCAGGCUGGUCCAUGAGGUAAAGGUCAGUGGAAUGAAACGCCACAAACUAGAGAUCCAGAGCUCGGACAACAGCAACCCCAACACUGACAACUUCAGACUUAUAGUGGGGGACUCGGCAUGUGAGCAAGUGUUCACAGUCAAUGAUGUGUCUCACGGAGGCUGCAAGUACGGGAUCAUGAACUUCAGCACCAGCAGCCGGGGCUCUCUGUCUGUGGAAAUGUGUGACAACCUUUACUUCACCAACCGUAAGGUGAACUCCAUCUGUUGGGCCUCAGUCAACUAUCCAGACUCCCAUGUAUUGCUGUGUCUGGUGGGAGUGGCAGACACCCCUGGCUGUGUCAGUCUACUACCCGCUUCCCUCUUCAGCAACUUCAACCCGGAUCAGCCAGGGAUGCUGUGCAGCUUUAAAAUAUCCUCAGCCUGGUCUUGUGCUUGGUGCCUCAACCCCCAGUUUGACAAGACCUUCAGCACUGGCUUGUCUCGGAGGGUGAUAGUGAAAGAUGCAGAGACGGGACGAACGCAGACGUACAGUGUUGGCAGCGAUGUCUUGGCCCAGCAGUUUGCCCGUAGGGUUCCUGUGCUGUUUAACGGGUGCAGAUCGGGAGAGAUCUUCAGCAUUGACCUGCGGCAGCGAGGCCGCAGGGAUCAAAGCUGGAAAGCCAGUCGCUUUCAUCAAGAGUCUGCCAUCACGUCUGUGCGUGUCCUGCAGGAUGAGAACUACCUGCUGGCUGCUGAUAUGUUAGGCCAGAUCAAGCUGUGGGAUGUGCGUGUGAAGAAGCCCGUGCAGGACUACAAAGGCCACUAUAAUGAACAUGCCUACCUUCCCAUCCAUGUCAAUGAGCCUGAAGGGCUGUUGCUGGCAGUGGGUCAGGAUUGCUACACAAGGUUAUGGAGCCUGAAGGACGGCCACCUUCUGAGGACCAUCCCAUCACCCCACCCAGCUGCCAACGACCUGAUUCCAAGUGUCGUCUUCUCUUCCAAUCUUGGCGGAUGCAAGGGACUUCCCGGCCUGCUCAUGGCUGUCAAACAUGACCUGUACUACUUCCCAUACAACACGGACUACCAGGAAGGAGGAGCGCUGCAGGCUGGGUGUUAGGGAAAGACUGACUUUCUUUGGCCAAAUGUUUCAUUGGUAUUACUGACAUAUCUAUAGAUAUUGAAUGAUUUAAAGGGUUUGGCUGGAUAAAGGUGUGACGUGACUAUUGAACCCUAACAGCCAGUAUGCAGUUAAUAAUCAAAAGGAUGUAACAGACUUUUGAUUGGGAAGACCUCCAUGAAGUUGCAUUGUAGUCUCAGGGGAAUGUUAUUUUUCACACUUAUCUGUGCCAAAAGGAAAUAGAAGUGCUGCAUUCAUAAGUGCACACAACUGCUACAGUUGGCUUACUGUAACCUUUAUAAGUGCACUUACAUGUACUUAAGACAUGAUUCACAUCCAUUUUUAAUGUAAAUUAGGACAUUGCUGAUCUAAAUUUGAAAAGGACAUGACUGUGAUUAUAGUCAAAACAUUUUUAACUGUUGAAUGAUAUUCUGAAAAUCAUUAAACACAGUGAUUG